AACGUGUAUGGUGUUACUGUAAACUCCGUCCGGGCAGUGAUCUGGGUGAAAGGUCUUUGCAGCUUGACAGAAAACUGCAGCGGCUACACAGGGAAAGGAGGAAUCAUGUCGCAGACCAUCAGUCCAGGAAAAAACUUUGUAGCAGGCGGGUUUGGUGGUGUCUGUUUGGUCUUUGCUGGACACCCUCUCGACACAAUAAAAGUUCGUAUACAGACACAACCCAAGCCUGUACCAGGACAGAUACCCCAGUAUUAUGGCACCUUUGAUUGUUUCAAAAAGACACUUGCCAAAGAGGGGAUAAAAGGCUUGUACAAGGGCAUGGCAGCUCCAAUCAUCGGAGUGACUCCGAUGUUCGCCGUCUGCUUCUUUGGUUUCGGCAUGGGCAAGAAGCUUCAGCAGAAAACUCCAGACGAGAUCCUGAAAUAUCACCAGCUGUUUGCUGCUGGGAUGCUGUCCGGUGUGUUCACCACCGCCAUCAUGGCACCAGGAGAGCGCAUCAAGUGUCUGCUGCAGAUCCAGGCAGCUAGUGGCGAGGUGAAGUACGCCGGGCCCAUGGACUGUGUGAAGCAGCUGUACAGAGAGAGCGGUAUUAAGGGCAUCUACAAAGGCACUGCUCUGACCCUGAUGAGAGAUGUGCCGGCCAGCGGGAUGUACUUCAUGACCUACGAAUGGCUAAAGCGUAUUCUCACACCAGCGGGAAAAAGGUGAAUGAGUGUUCAGAUUCCAGUUGGUUUGACGGAGUUACUGCAAGCAUAUACUGUGGAAGUUCUGCGACGCAGGCCUCCGGAUCUGGUCGAAUUUGCUAUACAGCAUUUCACUCAUCUACGAGAUAGCCGUAAUGUCAAGCAAGUGAAAGAGUGUCCGGUCAAAUCAAUCAGAAAAGGGGUGUCUUUUGAAGACAACUCAUUAGAUGAAUCAAAUGAGGAAGACGACGAAGAGUCGGACGUUUUGUUCUCCCUGCCUGUAUUGCCCUCAUCCCAGAAAUAUAACCGCAGAGUAUCAGUGUGUGCGGAGGCCUAUAACCCAGACGACGACGAGGACGAUGAAUUGGAGCCUCGGGUGGUGCACCCCAAGACCGACGAGCAGCGAUGCAGCCUCCAGGACGCAUGCAGAGACAUACUAUUGUUUAAAACCCUAGACCAGGAACAAUUCUCAGAGGUACUAGACGGCAUGUUCGAGGUACGCGUCAUAUCCCAGGAGCACAUAAUAGACCAGGGGAGCGACGGAGACAACUUCUACGUCAUCGAGAGGGGUGUGUAUGAUAUCGUAGUCCAGAAAGAUGGCGUUGGGCUGCGCGUGGGGACGUAUGAUAACAAGGGCAGUUUCGGGGAAUUGGCACUCAUGUAUAACACCCCACGAGCUGCAACUAUCAUCGCCACUCAGGAGGGGGCGCUGUGGGGUCUGGAUCGGGCCACAUUUCACAGACUGAUUGUGAAAAACAAUGCCAAAAAGAGGAGGAUGUACGAUGCCUUCAUCGAAUGUGUUCCCCUUCUGAGGUCUCUGGAGCUGUCUGAGAGAAUGAAGAUCGUAGAUGUUCUGGGAGUAAGAGUGUUCAAAGAUGAGGAGCGUCUCAUCAUGCAGGGGGAAAAGGCUGACUGUUUCUACAUUGUGGAGUCAGGGGAAGUGAAGAUCAUGAUGAAAAGCAAAACGAACGCAGGUCAGCAGGAUAACACAGAGGUGGAGAUAGCCCGCUGUCACAGGGGACAGUACUUUGGGGAGUUGGCUCUGGUGACCAACAAGCCACGAGCAGCAUCAGUCUAUGCUGUCGGAGUAACCAAGUGCCUGGUAAUAGACAUUCAGGCUUUUGAGCGGUUGCUUGGUCCGUGUAAAGAGAUUAUGAAGAGGAACAUCUCCAAUUAUGAAGACCAACUGGUAGCUCUGUUUGGUUCCAGUGUAGACUUGAAACAUUAAGGCAUCCAAAUUGUUCACACACGUGCAGAUGGCAGGAUAUUUGCAUAUAGUGUAUAUAGUUUGUUGUAAACUUUGAUACUUCAAUACCAAUUACCAUACAUUAUGUUUAUGAUUUACAAUUUAAAUACUCUCUGAAAACUGUCCUUGAUUUAUAUGUAUAAGAAUGUACUAGAUUAAAAUAAACCUCAAAUGUAUUUAUUAUUCUGCAUUUUAUUUCUUGUUAGUUCACUCGUUGUCUCGCUGUUUUUGUAGUUUUACAUUUUCUUAUUUAAAAGAUAGUUAGUGGACCUUCCAUGUUCUAAAGGCAGUUUGUAUAAAAUCUUCGAAAAUGUGUGCAAUCAAAUCUAAUGUUAUUUUGACAAAGCAAGGACUUUGAGUAAUUACAUUUGCCAAGAGGAAUUAGAUUGAAAAUGCAAAAAAAAUGGCAUUACUUCCCCUUUGAGCCUCCAGUUAUUAAAACGUAGCCUACUUCUGGCAUGUUGCACCAGACUGAGUAAUCAUAUACCAUACCAGUAUAAGGUUUCUUGGAAGAUUUGGGAUACAAUGUUCUAAGCAUUUAUUUCAAACAGAGCACCUCAAAAGGACAAACAUCAUUAUGAUAUAAAAGAGCUCAUCACUUUAACAUUCAAGUUUUCUGGAUUGUUUUUUUAUUUGAGUAACAAAAUGUGAAGUGCCCUCUCCAAACUCCACACAAGAGUUCACCAACCUGCCUCGUCACAAGUAUUUACAUCACAAAACCAAGGGUUGAAUUCUACUUCCUCACAAACCUUGUUUGUUCUUCCCAAAUCUCAGCAUCUUGUAUAUUCAUGGUUGCAAGUCUCUGUGUCAAGUUGUCCAAGUUCCAUUUAGUCAAAUAUUUAAAAUAUUUACAGAGUCCAGUAUUUCAAAAACUCCUAAAUCCCACUCGAUUGAUUCUGAGCCUGGUUCAGUAGACCGAAAAUGGAACAGCAGAGCUGGUGAAAUAAGGAGUUGAUUGGCUGACAUGGUCCUCUCUACAUGUUCUAAUAGUUUUUGAAGUUAAUUAAAUCUAUAGGAAAGGCUGGAAAAUAACCUUUGUACAUUAUUAUUGUACUUAAAAUGCAUGUGGAAAUGUCUUUUGUCGCUGUGGAAUAACAGCUUCAAUGAUCCUUUUCCUAUAUAGAAUUGAAAAUGACACAAUCAUUAAAAGAUUAAUACAGAAAAAA